AUGUACAGUAGAGUAUUGGGCCUCACGAGCGAUGGGGACGAGAAGGAAGACGGGGCAGACGGGGUUGUUCUGCUGCGAAACGAAGUCUCGGAGUUUACACCUGCGGAAAUUCAGGCGUUAUCUCGUCUGGAGUUGAGUGAUGAUCCCACACCCAAUGCGGGCCACAUGCCUGUUGACGGGUGCAGUGCCCCCGAUGUUGGCUGCAAUGGAAGCAGAAGGAAGAGGAGGGUGAACACACGAGCGGCAUCUUCUUUUUUGAGAGGAGAACAUCAGAAAUGUUGCCGCUCCUUCAAGUCUCUUCUCCUCCCUGAAGAACGUGUGGGCGGCAAGGACAGCAUGGCAGACGCCGUGCUGAGCACUUCUCAGCUGCAUGCGGAGGACCGUGCGCUGCGUGACACUUCCGUUGUGGAGUGCUUUCUGAAUCUGACACAUCUUUACGUGCAACACAACCACAUCACGUCACUGGAGGGUCUCUCGUUGCUGGUCCAACUCACCGUUCUUGUGGUGCACCACAACGAGGUGGAGUCGUUGCGACCACUUGCAGACCUCGGCGCGCUGCGUUUUGUUGAUGCCCGAUUUAACUCCAUCUCCAAGUUGGACCCGUUGGAGGAUCUUCCCCGGGAGUCGCUGCGGUACCUCUCACUUUCGUCUAACCCGUGCUGCCGCGGCGAAUCCGCGGUGGCCGCAGAACGGGAUGCGUACAGGCAGAGUAUUCUGCAAUGCUGCCCGCUUCUUGAGAUGCUUGACGAUCUGCCGUGCCAAAUGUCAUCUUCCAGUGACGAGGAUGACAGUGUGGUGGAGGGAAAAGAAGAAGAAGAGGUGCCUGAUGAAGGGAGAACGUCGUCGCUUCUAACAUCUCAUGAUGACGCACCGGAGCAUCGUAGUCAUUUUCGCACACGAAUUAGCCAUCUGAUGAAGAUUCACAGAACGCCAUCCAUGAAUGCAUCGUUGCCGUCGUCCGCCGUGAGGAAUUCGUCAGGAUCCAACGACGCCACAACAACCGCUCGUCUUUGUCAACAAUUUGAGCAUCGCUCCGAGAACAUACGGAAGCAGGCAUUUGAUCAUGCGUUUAAACUGCCGUGUCCGGAUCAUUCUCGCUGGGCCGGCGAGAGCGUCAAGAAGAAUGGUCGGGAUGACGACAGAGGAGAUGAUGAAGAUGAGAGUGAUGUGCUGCCACUUUCGCUAAUGCAGGAAAGAGAAACAAAGUCACGUCUUUACGCUGACAUUCACUUUGCCUUGGGCACGAGUCAUGCUCAGGUUCAGCAGUUGAUGGGUAAUGUGUGGGAAGAUGUCGGCAAAGUGCUCCGCACGAGGCAGGCGUUGGUGAGACACCGCCGUGAGCGGAUGGAAUUGCAGCGAAAACAGCCCUCUGGUGCCUACACCGAAAGUCUCGCUUUGCUGCAGAAGGAAAAUCGCACGACGAAUUUAGAUAAAUACCGCAGAUGA